GUAAUAAACGAUAGGAAAGAGCUUAAAGCCUUAAGAGAAUAUAUAAGUAUAUAUAUACCCCUAUAUAUAAGAACUAAACUUAUUAAGACUCUAUAUAAGUCUCUAGAAUAUAGACACGUAUGUAUAGAUAAAAUAGUUAGACGACUAGCUAAGAUAUUUACAAUACCACGCUUGCGAGCGAAGCUUAUGCGAGAAUUAUAUAAAGAAUUAAGUAUGCGAAUCUACUCUAUCUUUUAUAAGAAACUCUUAGAACUAGUACCUCUAGAUACUAAGCUAGUAAUAGAUAUAGAGCUUAAAGACGACGAGUACAAGGUUGAGAAAAUUAAGAACCUGUAG